AUGGCAGCACGCCAGGCGGUGCAGUCGAAUGAACUGCUGCGCCGGGCGUACAAGUACAUCGCCCGCAAUACCACACUGCCCUCGCGCGUGCGGCACAUGGCGCAGCUGGAGCUGAACGCGUUCCCGAACAAGUCGCGCCCGGCCGUCGUCAAGGAGCGCUGCGUCGAGACGGGCCGCGGCCGCGGUAUCUUUACAGAGUUCGGUCUCUGCCGAUACCAAUUCCGCCGGAAAGCCAUUGCUGGCGACAUUGCUGGCGUUGAAAAGGCCUCUUGGUAG